UGGAAGAACGAAGAUUUCCUCUAAGGCAAAGGAAAGGUUUUUUUACUGUAAGAACAAUCAGGAUGUGGAAUUCUCUGCCUGAGGAAGUGGUUUUAUCAAAGUCCAUACAGAUGUUCAAACAGCUACUAGAUGCAUACUUGCAAAAACAGAAUAUUCAAUGAUAUAAUCUUUCAAUGUAGGGUAAUAACUGCUUGAUCCAAGGAUAAAUCUGACUGUCAUUCUGGGGUCAAGAAGGCGUUUUUUCCUAGCUUGUUGCAAAAUUAGAAGUGCUUCAAACUGGGUUUUUUGCCUUCUUUUGGAUCAACAGCAAAAAACAAAUGUGAGGAAGGCUGAACUUGAUGGACGCAAGUCUCUUUUCAGCUAUGUAACUAUGUAACAACAACAAUAUAGGCGAGAUGGAAAAUGUUUCCAGAGCACUUAUUGUGGCUUUAAUUUGGUAUUUUGGAUUUCAAUUAACUAGGUUCAGAGUCUAGUGAAUAAAUCCAAGUUAUGUUUUCAAUUCAACUAUUCUAGUUUAAAACUUUACAUUUACUUUGUAAACCUGUUAAUUCAGAUUUUUUAAAUAUUUGAACGUAUCUUCCUAAACAGAAAAGCCAUGACCCUGAAAGAAACCCCAACCUCCAAGAUAUCUUAUUAGAAAGCCCCAGGUCAAGCACAUCCCAAGCUGUUGCAGGGCUCCCAGUGAAGACAUGGUUCUCCAUGACAGGGCUCCCAGCGAGGUACUCGGUGACAGGGCUCCCGGCGAGGUACUCGGUGACAGGGCUCCCGGCGAGGUACUCGGUGACAGGGCUCCCGGCGAGGUACUCGGUGACAGGGCUCCCGGCGAGGUACUCGGUGACAGGGCUCCCGGCGAGGUACUCAGCGAGGUACUCAGUGACAGGGCUCCCGGCGAGGUACUCGGUGACAGGGCUCCCGGCGAGGUACUCGGUGACAGGGCUCCCGGCGAGGUACUCGGUGACAGGGCUCCCGGCGAGGUACUCGGUGACAGGGCUCCCAGAGGUACUCGGUGACAGGGCUCUCGGGGAGGUACUCGGCGAGGUGCUCGGUGACAGGACUCAGUGACAGGGCUGCAGGUAAGGCCUAGCUCACCGGAAGGGGGAGCGCACUUUAUUAUAAUGUCCCUGGAUUUGCGACACCUCCAUUUGUGGCCGUCGCGCAUCACUUCCGGCCGGGUAGCUGAGCGAGCCGCUUGUUCGCGCAGGCGGGAAAUCGCUUUUUGCCGCUGAGAGCCCGGGGAGGUCUGCUGACUGACUGACUGGCCCCUGAACCUCCGCCCCCCGCCUGCCAGUGAACGUGGAGCCGGCUGUGUUUCCAAACAGAGCGUGCGGCCAUUGCCCUAGUGCUCGGCAACGAUGAGCGCGGCCACGGGGGAAGAGAUCAUCCGCAUCGCCAGGAAAAUGGAGCGGAUGGUGCAGAAAAAAAACACGGUGAGUGCCUUGCCAGCGGCGCUGGAGGGGUGGGGAGGGAUAAUGGUACAGGCUGUCCGUACCGGGGUAACGGCGGAUAAUCUGAGUAAGGGGGAGCCCGCACCCUCCGUCCCCGGUUAGUUGGUACGGUCUGGGUUGCGGUGCGCGCCCCCCGUGUGUCCAGGCAGGUGCGCGCUCCCGUGGUAGACACUGUGCACCCUCUAUCACAUCUCCCAACAUUGCAAAGGGACAAAGAGGGACACUCUCAUUUUAAGGGUGGGGGUGUGAGGGACACUCUCAUUUUAAGGGUGGGGGUGUGACCAGACAAUGGGCUGUUCUGGGAAAUUCUAGGUGACUUACUGAUCAUUUUAUACAAAUAAAAUGCAAUUUGGAACAAGAACAAUGUAUCUCAUUCACACAGACUGAUUUCUAAACACAUUUAUCGUAGUUUAAAGGAACACUGCGGUCACCGCAACAACUUCAUCUUUUAAAGUUGUUAUAGUGCCUGGAGACCACCCGGUGCAUUCUUAUCUUGGCCUCCAGCGCCGGUUCUGCACAUAUCCCAGCGGUGUCCGGCUUCUGAGAUUGGAUUUCAGGAAGCGCACUGGACAGGAGUGCUGCUGAUUGGCUAGAGUGAUCAAUUGAUGCUUUAAGUCGACCAGUAACUCCCCAUUCAUUAAAAAAAUAAAAGUUGCAUACCUUUUUUAAUGAAUGGGUAGCUACUGAUUGGCUUAGAGCCCUCAAACACAGCAACAAUAUAGAGCUCCUAGAAAAGAGGGACAAGGGAAUUUAAUGGGUAUACUGUAUAAGUUAUAUGAAUCAUUAUCUUCAGUGUGCACAAGGGUUUCGUUCCUUGUACUGGGGAUAGUGAGUGAAGACCAGGGAAUCUGAAAACUACCGAAAUUAAAAUAUUAUCCAAUUGCCUAAUGAAUUCUGGGUUUAAUGAAUAAGCUAAUCUGUUUAAUGAAAUAAGCUAUUCCUAUGCUUAGCGGAUACACAAGGCCAGGGGUAGACAAAACCUUAAAUAAUGCUCUUACAGCCAUAAUGUUGGCAACGCAUGAAGGGAGAUGUAGUCAAAAUUUGGAGUGCCGAAGGAUGCCUAACCCUGCACUAGACAUUUAACUGCAAUAUUAUUUAGAAGUAGCCCCUAGUCUAUAGGUCUGCAACCUAUGGCACUUGAGGCACUUUUGCAUUCACUCAAGGCUGCUACAGACAAACUAGCUCUAGCCUAUCAGGAGUCCCAGUGGAACUUCAGAUAUUUGCUAGUGCAAACUGAGUGGUGAUUGCAGUUGGUAAGGGAUAAUCCUCAAUUUACGCAUUGCAGCAGUUAGAGGAAGCGAUCUCGGUCACCUCCUCCCAGCACUUGUCUACUAGAAUCCACACCAUUGCAGCUCCUGGCCUUGACUUGGCUAGAUAUACACAGAGCUGAAAAAGAAGCCUCCCCCUCUUACAAGUAAUACAAACACCACACAACUGACAAUCCAUAUACACACACACAAUCCCACAAGCAGCCUCUCACAUGCAAUACCUCAAGCAGGCCCCCCCCCCCCACACACCACCAAACACACAAUGUGGUAUAUCAUCCACACACAAAUUCCCCAAGCAGCCCCCUUACACAGACCACAUUCAUAGGUAUCAUACGCACAAAUACAAUGCUACAAAGCAACUGCACAACCCAUAAAUAGCACAAGGGCAAUACAGCAACAUACACACUGAUUUUAAAAAAAUAGGACCGGCAUGCCAUGGAACUUUAAGAGGUUUUUUUUGGCGCAGUACUACUAAAAGGUUUCCUAUCCCUGCCCCUAGACCAGAUUGAUAAUGUUUAGUAAAAGGAGCAUUUUAAACUUUUGUAGCACUUCAGCUUUCAGUGUCACGUCUGGCUUACUUGGCACUUUUUUAAAUUAAUUUAGUGCUUCUCUAAGGGAAUCAUUCUAUUGCAGGAUUACUGCGCAUGUGCCAUAGUAUAUAUGGAAAAAACAGAGGGUAUAUGGGAUACGGCUGGACAAAAUCUAAAACAAGGAACAUAAAAGAAAAUAUAGUGUAACACAGUUAUAUACAAGUAUUAAUGCGACAAGAUCGUAUACACUCACAAGAUAAAGACGUGUAGUGCGCUCAAGGGUGCCUCCCGUGAUGUAAAUGGGAUAAAUGCACAGCAAGACUCCAGUAGGUAUACGUUGAAAAAAGUAUCAGGAGCUUUAUUAUAAAAAGGUGGACAAUAACCACCAGCAUGAAGUAUAAAAAUGAGGAAUACAGGUCCUACGCGUUUCGUUCUAACAGGGGAACUUCCUCAGGGACCAAAUGGCAAGGAUAUUCCAACAAUAAAAGCAAGUAUAACAAAAAGUGAUCUGAUACCCCCCCUCCUACGAGUCUCUAUUUAUAGGGCUAAUCCCUAAGUCCAUUGGUAGAUCCGUGGGUGUUAUCAAGUAUUAGGUCACACUUUGUUAUUUUUUAUUAUUAUUAUUAUUAUUAUUUUUUUUUUUUUUCUGAUUUGUGGCCUAUUCUUAUCAUAUUUUAGGCUUAAAGGCUGGCACAAUUAUAAAAUAUACUGAUAUCUUGAUUGCAAAUAUUGGAUUCUCCUGUAAGGCUUCAUUUUUGUUUUUUGGCACUUGAUAGGAUUGCUGCACGUUACUGCAUUCACCUGCUCUUGUCUUACCUUCAUUUAUCUCCUUCUGUCUCCUUCUGUUCUUCUGAUACAUGUAUUUCUUUUUACUUUCUCUACCACUUUGCUUGACUGCGUACUGCAUUACAAACUGGGCUCAUCACCAGUUGAUAUUUCUCUGUUUAUUUUUCGUGUGCACUCGUUGAUAUAUCAACGUUAUGAGGAUGAGUCCUGAUAUAAACUUUUUUUGUGUGUGUGUUUUGAACUCUGUUGUAACAUUAUCUGCAUGUGUUCACAACUCAUUUGUCUGUAUUGUAUGAGGUGCUUUCCUUUAAAUUUUUUCUCAAUAAGACUUAUUACUAUAAAAUAUGUUUAAUAACUAUGUGUUUUUAAAUCUUGUUUUAUUGAUGUAUUGCAAUUAUGAAGUGGUAGGCACACAGACCACUGUAUAUGCAAACAUAUCCAUAACACCAAUAUAUACAUUUUACAUAAGUUCAGUUACUUUGUUAACUCUUUGAUAGUUGCCAACUUACGGUGCAGAACCGCCAGGUAACGGAAAAUAGUAUGGUAACAUGAUCUGUAGAUCGAUCCCCAGCAUUAGCUGCUACCUGAGUUUUCCUUUAUUAAAAUAAGUAAGCCAGUGCUAUGUGGGAAGUACAAUCCUCCCAUCACUUAUCAGAAAAAGAGGGCCUGCUAGAAAGGAUAGCGUAGAGAGAGAGAUAGUAUAGAAGUAGAUGAAGAGAAGAUAAACAAGGGUUCCUCAGCCUGGGCGGUUGAGCUCCUCCGUGAGCCCGCCACGUCUCCUGUCUGUUCAAGCACUAUAGAUCAUGAGCCAUAUAAACAAACCACGGUUGCCAGGCCUCAGUGUGCUUUUAACCUGUCCCAAGCAGAGAAGCAUGUAGCGCAUCAGCCGCCUGCAUGUCCUUCACCCUGCGUAACCAGGCCUCCUUUGUGGGGAUCUGUCUUUUUCCAAAAAAGGCACCUUAGCCAAUUAAGCAAGUGGUGUAGGAUGGAUUUCUUGUAGGCUGAGAUAUUUUUAUUUAUUUUUUGAAGACAUGUGUAGCAGAGCGAGCUCCCCUGACCAGUCAACCGAAUCCCUGAGAAUAUCAGUCACCUCGUCCCUCACCAUGUCCCAAAAGGGGGCAAUUUCCAGACAGUCCCACCAUAUAUGCCACAUCCUUCCUGGUAUCUCCAGCAAGUGGGCGAGACACUAGGAAAAAAUCCAGGGGAGGAGGGUCGGCGUCCUGUACUAGGUGAUAUUAAUUUAUAGUUAGUUUGAGAAGUGGAGUUUUCAAUCUACUUUAUUCCUCUUCAUAUGGGAAAACAAAGAAAGUGUGCAAUAGCUUAUAAUGGGACGAUGAAGUAUAGUGUGAUUUUGUAAAAGUACUACAUAUAUCGGAGUGAAUGAUUGUACUUCUGCAUAAAUGAGAUAAGCAUUUAGAAUAUGGAAUGCUCAAUUUUAACCCAGUAAUAGAUUCCAAGGUAUUGGCCCUCUGCAUUUGUGCAUGGAGUUGAUCUUUGUGACUAAAUAGAUGUGUUCCUUAUUUUGUGACUCAAAAUAUGUUUUUCUGCAUACUUAUUAUUCGGUCUUGAGUUGACUUGAAUCCAUUUUAUGCCUAGCUUUUGAUGUUCUAUAUUAUUUAAUAUACUGUACAUUUAGCAGAUCUUAUUUUUAUUUAUUUAUUUUUAUUGGUAAAAUUAUGCAUAUGACAUUGUUCAUUUGGAAAAUUAGGGAAUUUACAUUGGUUCCAAUUACUGAUGUGCCUGUUAUCAGUGGGGCCAUUGAAAUGACAUUGGGGGGAUGGGACCAUUUUUGGGGUAACAAUCCAGUUGCUAUGAACCACUGAGGUAGAAGAAUCAGAUUGGUGAAUUGUCUUAUUGUUUUUUAUACCACUGAAAUUUUCUGAAGACAUAAUCACAAGGGUUUCAAGAGGCCUAUAAGUUCUCUGGAAUAAAGUAGUGUUUUCUUACAGCAUAGCUCACCAUUUUUAUUUAUUUUUGUCCAUCAUUCAAUUAGAGUUGGAUUUUACUUGGUUCACUUUUUAAUUUGAUGUGCUUGAGUUGAGUAUAAUGUAUAACAUCUGUACUGGGGUGGGCUGCGGGGCAGGCAGGGCUUAUACAGUUCCAGUGGAAAGGAUAGUAUUUCUUUGACCACAAUCUAGCAAAAGUUUAGAAAGACAGGGAAAUGUAAGGAGUAAUGAAAACUCAGUUGAAAUUCAUGCUAAUAUAUAAUCUUUCUAUACAGGUGGGAGCUCUCGAUCUGUUGAAGGAACUUAAAAGUCUGCCUAUGACCUUGGAACUUCUUCAGGUAAGUUUGUUAUUCCGCAUUUGAGUGAGAGAAAAAUGUGAAGACUAAGGCUGCUACAUGUUAUGGUACACUAUAAUUCCUUGAUUGUCGAGUAUCCUCUAUAGUCCACAAAUCUCUGCAGCGCUGUGACCAACCAUCAUUUUAACGCACCAAACUACUGGUAAAAUAAAAAGCAUUAAACAGUUGUGUUUUUAACAGCAGCAAUCAUUUAUAGAAUGUAAAACAGAAAAUGCAAGGUAGGCAAAUGUUAUUAUAGCUCCAAAGAACCUGACAGCUUUUAAAUCUAAAAUUAAUUCCAUAUGAUGUCCAUGUCUAAUAAUUCUAAUGUCUAAAUUGAAAAUGCAAUAAUAAAAAAAAUUCCAUAGAAAUCAAACGAAAACAAAGUACUUGAUUGAAAGAUUCAAUCACAAUAAUAAAUUUGGAUUUAUUAACGAGUGGAUUUGAGUUAAGUUAGGUCUAUUUAAAUCACUAGUCUGUAAGACUCGAUUUAAAUAAUGUUUUGUUUUAAAGGUAAAUACUAAUGCUUGCUGGUUGUUGUAAUUUUAAUAUUUCCAACCAGAUAGAGACUUCAUCUUUAGAGUAAUAACUGUUCAGACCUGUUUAACAAUUAUAUCAGAGCGGAUUUAUUUUAUUUAUUUAUUUAUUUUUAAAUAAACCAUUGUAAAUGACUAGAUAAUUUAUUGCAAGGGGAACUAUCUCCAAUUUAAUAUGUUUAUCCUAACACUAUAGUGUUAGGAACACAAACAUGUUUGCCUUGUUUUAAGCGCAGGUCCGCCAGCGCUGGACCUGCUCUCGACCCGCCUCUCUGCUGACAUUACUAAAAUUUAUGAUUUCAGCCAAUCCAAUGCUUUCCCAUAGGGAAACAGGCUCAAAUCGGAAAGGAGGCAGGGCAGGGGGCAGGGCCAAAAGCUAGCCUGGCCCAUUAGCACCUCCUUAUAGAAAUGCAUUGAAUCAAUGCAUCUCUGUGAGGAAAGUUCAGCUGCUUGGAGACACUGUAUGGAAGCCCCUCCAGUGGCCAUCUGAGACAUGGCAACUGGAGGUGUCCAUAGGGGGCAAUGUAAACGCUGCCUUUUCUUACAGCAAAAGGCCUGCAGGGAAUGAUUAUACUCAUCAUAACAACUACAUUAAGCUGGGUUUCCACCAGGUGCUCCUCGAUGCUGGAUGAUAUGCAUCUGACUUCUGCAGAGUCAGAUGUCGAUCCCGCCAGUCAUUCCAUUGGCUGAACGUGUCAGCAGAGCUCAUUUAGAAAAUUAAUAAACUUGUGUGUAAAGGAUAUACACAGAAUUGACAUUAACCAGCAUAAAACUCUUGCUCUGUGCUUAUUUUAUUAAAAAAUUCAGUGAAAAGGUGCAUGUUUUCUCUGUGGAGUCAUGGUCCAUUAACUUGAAGAAUUGAUGUAUAUGUUACAUGAAUAUACAGCAUCAUGCUACAUAACUAAUCUCGUUUUCAUGCUGAAUAACCUUUGGACUAUCGUCUAGUUUUAAAUAGAUUUUUCACCCAAAAUAAUUUUAUUAAAAGAAAUCUAAUUUUUGAAGAAAAAAUUUAAAUUAAUAUUUUGUUUUUUAAUCAAUUUUUUCCACCCUGACUUAUUGCUGUGUAAAGCUUGUGCAACUGGUUCACUAGGCUUGUGACAUUAUGUGGUGACAUAUUGCACUACCAGCCAAUACACAGAAAUCCCCUUCUGCUUGUUCUUUCUAGAAUUCUAUUUGUUUCUUUGAGAUUUAGUUUCAGUAUUUAUGUUGAUUCUCUGAACUCAAUGAGACACAAGUGACAAUCAAACCAAAAAAGGUCCCUUUUCUAACUGUACUGAGUGACACAUUAAUUUUGAAGUCUGAGAAAUUGAUAAUAUAUACACAUUAACUUGAUAAUAUAUAUACACAAAAAAGUCAAUAUUUGAUAAAUCCCCUAUUGUAACUUCAUGUUAAUAACAGGAGUCCCUGACCAUGAUAUCGGAUAGCUGUAAUUGAAUAUUCCAAAGGUUUUUAUCCUUAAGGUAAAUCGGAUAAGUGGGAGCAAAAAAGCGAGAAACCAAAAAACUUUUUUGUCCAAAGUUUCUUUCAAAAAAAGUCAAAAAAAGAAAAAAAGGAAAAAAGAAGAAAAAUAUAAGAAAAAAAAUUAUAUGAAAAAAAUAAUAAGGAAAAAAGUAUAAACAGUCCCAGUGUGUACACACUAUGGUAUAUUGAUGGAUCUCACCGGUGGAAAGAAAAGUUCUGUAGUCCAGUAUCUUUUAAUGUAGAAGUGAUACCUCUGUUGUUAUGAGGACCUCUUUAUCUUCUUUCCUUCCUCCUUUGUCCGUAAUGGGUGUAGUGUAUCUCUUCACUUGCUCCUCCUUGAUCCCUGGAAUGACAGGAUGCGUCCAAAUAUAUCUUGCAAAAUGAGUCUCCUGUGCGUGCUGAUGCAGGGGCUCCUGUGUGAGAUGUGGGCUGCGCGCUCGGGACCUAUAAAAUCCCUUUGAUGGCCCUGUUAAAAAAAAGUCGUGUGAAUCCUAUGUUUAUAUGUAGUAUGGCGCGCCCGCUUGUAUGUGCGGGUCGCGCCCAAAUGACAUCAUGACGUACGCGUCAGAGAAUUGCGUCUGUUUUGGCGUCAUGGCGCACACGUGGGGUUACUAUGCCCGACGUGCGCGCCGUUAACUGUAUACAAAUGUCCAUGUAGAUGAUCAUAUGCCACAAAACAAAUCUCUUAAAUCCCAAUGUGAACCUCCUAUCUUUUACAUAGAGUGCAAAAUCAAACUGGAUAAAAACAUAUUUGCGAUCCUCUAAAAUCCAUAUAUAUGGAAAAAAGGGAUUCCCUGAUAAAAGAGAAUCUUUUUGUAUUCUAUUAAAGAACACAAUGAUAUACUACUGAAUAGAGAGGAUCAUAUUAACAUGAAGUAUUCAAAUAAUCAUUUGCUCUAAUAGAGUUUUAUGUCCCAAAAGGGGAUACUAGUCAUAUUUGUGUAUAUAUUUAUUUAUUUAUUUGUUUAUUUAUGCAUACUAUAAAUGGUAUAUUUAUACCUAAGGGAGCUAAAAAGGCUCAUUGUUUCAAAAAGAGGAAAAGAAAAGGGGAUUAAAGUUAUUAAUAUGUUAUAACUCUUAGAGAGUCUACGGACAGUAGGGGUACCCAUGUUUCUGGUGCUAAUAGACUGUUUUUAUGUUUUAGGUACAAGAUGUGUGAGGUUUUCCUUUAAAACUGUUGCCACUAAUUUAAAGCCUUCCUUUGAAGAUACCAAAGUACUAAAUAAAAGGUCUUGAGAGACUAGGGAUCUAUUGUAAUUGCAGCAGUAAAUCAGUGGUGACCAUACCCAUUAAUUUAUCAUAGUUUUGUUAUUUGUUGCAUACUCACCAGCAGUGUAGUGUAUGAAACAGGGCAUGUGGUUUCUCGCACGUUGGACCCCGUAGUUUCGAGGGUGACGGACCAUGAGAUGGUCAAACUCUUAAAAGGUCUUAAGGAGUAAAAGUGACAGGCAUGCCAUAUAGGGUCCCAAUGACUGACUAUGGAUAUAAGAAAAUAGCCCUGGUUAGUGGACUAAAAAUAAGACGUUCAAACAGUACUGUAGUGUCCUAGGUUAUUCUACAAAAAGUGUUUGAGGUCAUAGUCCUCGUUCAGACCAUCCGGGUGGAGUGUUUCCAGAGUGCUGAUCCACUUUGUCUCUUUACAUAAAAGAGCUUUUUGUCUAUCUCCACCCCUGCGUAAUGGUUUAACACCAUCAAUUACCUGGAAUCGUAAUUGGUUAACACUGUGACCAUGCUGUAAAAAAUGUCUGGGUACUGGUUUGUCACACGUCCCUUUCUGAAUGGCAGCUCUUAUGUCCCUCUUAUGUUCUCCUAUACGUAUUUUCACGGGCCUAAUGGUUUCCCCAACAUAGAGAAACCCACAUGGACAUUUCAGAAUGUAAACCACAUAUUCUGAGUUGCAAGUGUAGUAUUCUAAUAUUUUAAAAGGUUUACCUGAUCUAGGAUGUACAAAAUGAUCACCUCUGAUUAUACUGUUACAAUGUAUACAGUUUAGGCACGGAAAUGUGCCUUUCUUGGGUUCAGAAAAAAAAUCUUUUCUGUUUUUUGUUGCUACCUAUAUCUGAAUGUACUAGUUUAUCCCUAAGGUUUUGUGCCCGUUUAUAUGAGAACAGUGGAGGAUUUCUAAAUUCACUCGGUAAAUUUGGAUCACCCUCAAAGAUGUUCCAAUGCUUUAAUAUGAUCUUUUUAAUAGCAUUACUCUGGGGUGUGUAUGGGGAUAUAAACGGAAUCCUCUGUAUUAUGUCUUUGUUGCAAUAAAUAAAUUUAUUGUGCAAUAAAUUUAUUGAUAGGGGUUACCCAUCAGAACUUGUGACAAGACACAGAGCUAGGAUAACAGAUAUGAACAGGGAAGAAGUACUUAACCCUACGGGCAGAAACAAAGACAUAAUACAGAGGAUUCCGUUUAUAUCCCCAUACGCGAUCAAGGAGGAGCAAGUGAGGAGAUACACUACACCCAUUACGGACAAAGGAGGAAGGAAAGAAGAUAAAGAGGUCCUCAUAACAACAGAGGUGUCACUUCUACAUUAAAAGAUACUGGACUACAGAACUUUUCUUUCCACCGGUGAGAUCCAUCCAUAUACCAUAGUGUGUACACACUGGGACUGUUUAUACCUUUUUCCUUAUUAUUUUUUUCAUAUAAUUUUUUUCUUAUAUUUUUCUUCUUUUUUCCUUUUUUUCACUUUUUUUGAAAGAAACUUUGGACAAAAAAGUUUUUUGGUUUCUCGCUUUUUUGCUCCCACUUAUCCGAUUUACCUUAAGGAUAAAAACCUUUGGAAUAUUCAAUUACAGCUAUCCGAUAUCAUGGUCAGGGACUCCUGUUAUUAACAUGAAGUUACAAUAGGGGAUUUAUCAAAUAUUGACUUUUUUUGUGUAUAUAUAUUAUCAAGUUAAUGUGUAUAUAUUAUCAAUUUCUCAGACUUCAAAAUUAAUGUGUAUAUAUUAUCAAUUUUUCAGACUUUAAAUAUAACCUCACUUAUGAAUUACAUUUGUAUAAGAUAAUGAAUUCACUAAUGAUUUAUUAAAUUUAGCCAUGAAUUUCUUCAAUUUAUGAGUGCAGUAUCAUUUUUGUAUUUUUCUGAGGUAUUUUUGGCCACCUCGAUACUUUGCACCAACAGGGAUAAAAGAGUGCUUGUACAUAAAAAAAUCUUUUGUAAUACACUACACUUAGGCAUACUGUAUUUAGAUGUGUUGCAGUGUUGUACUUGCUGCAGCUGAAUAGUAGUGAUUUUUACUCUACCAUGGCAAAUAAUUUACGCAGGAGUUGUUUACAUUAAUUGUGGUUCUCUGCUUCAUGGCCUCCAUUGGGGCUACCACUGGGGCUCUGGCACAUUCCUCUGCCGUAUGAGGAAGGGUUAGCUUGGAGGCCGCUGAUGGGAACAAUGGGAAAAACAAUAUAUCAGGCAAGAAACGAAGACGGGAAUCAGAAGUGCCGGGUGCCAGAGCCCCAACUUUAGGGUUAAACAGUUGCCAAUUAUGGCAAAAAUGCACCUUAAGUGGUUCUGGGGGGUUGGAGUGCUGAUUUAAGAGCUAAUAAUGUCACAACAAAACCAGCCUUUAAAGCAUCACUGUAAUCACUACAACCUGCUUAUCUAGUGAUGGCGCCAAGUGUGCCUUGGUGCCAUCCCAGGGUAAGUAAGUCAAAGUGUUUGAGAACGGUUUGACAACUUACUUGACAAAUGCCAGUCUCAUCAUUGACUAAGAGCUUUAGAUUUCUCAGUACAGGUAGCUUCCGGGGGCACAGGAGUAACCAUUGGCAUACUCCAGGUAAAAUGUGAGACUGUUCUCAAAUUAUUUAACUAAUCUGCAGUGGUUAUGGUGUUUUGCGUGUUCCUUUAACGAUUAUGUAUCAAACUGAAACACUCUCUUCAUUUAAUAAAAAUCCAAAUCCAACCAGGUUUUGAAUCUCAUACACUUAUGCUUUUUGUUUCCGAUCACUUUAGUUUUCCUUCUUUGGCAAAAUGUACCCAUUUCUCAUUGUGCCCUGUUAUAUAACUUGAUCUGUAAGGUUUAGCAAGAAGGGAAACACAAAAUCAUUUAGUUUAAGUUUAGAACACUAGAUGGUGCUGUUGUGCCCCACAAAAUAACCCAUAACUUUUUUUUUUUUUUUUUUUCUCAUGAGUUGCUUCAUUUUAUUUUACAUUUUCAACAAAUAAGGCAAGUGACGUAAUCCGUUUCCGUCAGUGAAAUACGAAAAAUAACUUAUUUUUUUCAUUUCUCUCCUCUGGGGAUUUUCACUUUACUACCUGCCAGAUGCACAGGGCAGAUUGUGUAACGAUUGGUAGAUAGCUUAGAUAAAGUCCCCAAAUUGCAGAGCAUAGAAGUGUGGAUUUCUACUUUUUAAAGGUUACUCCAAUCGUCAUAACCACCACAAACCACUGUAGUGGUUAUGAUGUAAGGGGUGUAUUUCAGCUGGAUGCAUGGAAUAGCCUUCCAGCUGAAGUGGUAGAGGUUAACACAGUAAAGGAGUUUAAGCAUGCGUGGGAUAGGCAUAAGGCUAUCCUAACUAUAAGAUAAGGCCAGGGACUAAUGAAAGUAUUUAGAAAAUUGGGCAGUCUAGAUGGGCCAAAUGGUUCUUAUCUGCCGUCACAUUCUAUGUUUCUAUAUGUCUUGACCCGGUUCCCAGUAAUGAGGAAAACCCUUUAGCAGCACGACUGUCCACUGACCUCUCUGUUAAUUAAUGCAAUUCUGUGCAAUGGAACUUUAGGGCUGGCUGAUAACACCCCAAUGAUGCUUCUGGAGGUGGACUUAAAUGUGUAUGUGCAGUGUUUCAUAGCAAAAUGCUGCACAUACAGACUUAAGGCACCAUGACAGCUUUAAAUCACUGAAGUGGUCAUGGUACUUGGAGUAACCCUUUACAUUUAUCUUUUCAUACCACACAUGCAUAUUUGUUAAAUAUAGGGAAAUGUAAAUUUGCAGUCGUAAAUGAGUCUGUUGCAGUUUCAACCCUCUGUCAGUUCCAGGAACGUUUGAGAUGCUAGUGUCUUGCAUCACACCUGCAGAUAAAUCAGAACAUAUUUUAAACAUGUAUAUUUGUUUCUGACUCAAACAUUUCCAGAGAAAACGAAACUUCUUCCCAAAAGCCAAGUGAGAGUUUUCAUUUUCUCAUGAUACGUUGAGGUAAGAAACCAUGCCAUUUAACCCAAUAACAUUUCACUUUCAUUUUGAUUUUUAAGCUUCUAUUUAGUCAGAGCAUAAUUACCUGUGAACAAAAAGCACAAUACGAUCUUGGCAGGCUGCCUGGCACAUGUUUACACACACGUCCAGUUUUAGGGUUCUGGUUUUAUUUUUAUUUUCCUAGCUCCCCUUUUCAGCUUCGUAAGCGUUCUUCUGCUGAAACGUAUGGUUUGUGAUGUUAAUGGAGAGCUUCAAUUUGUAAGAAAAUUGAACGUUGCAUUGUAUACAGGAUCAUUAAAUUGUUGCAUUAAAAUGCUGUUUUACCCUUUAUUAUACUCUAUUUUAUGUGUGUUAGUUGUAUUUUAUGUAUGUUCUAUUUUAGCUGACGUGCUCAGCUAAUGAAUGAUGUUAAAAUAUAGAUAAAACUAAUAUUGUUAUUGGCUUUUUUCCCUCUCCUGCCCACAGCAUAGUAAUAAUCCCCCAUGCCUUUUAUAUUUGUAAUCUGUGUUUUUCCUUGUGUUAGAUCUCCAUACCUAGGCACAGAAAUUUUCUUCUCCUCUGCCCAUAAUGUUUACUGUUUGCCCUUCCGUGGGAUUCAUACUACUGGUGGAUUGUGGGUGCUUUUGAUUAGCAGCUGAAACCAAGCCUUGUUUAAGAGCGAUGCUCUGUCAGCUUGUCUGCCAUAAUUAAAGGACAUCUAUAGGCACACAGACCACUCAAUGAAGUGGUCUGGGUGCCAGGUCCCUCUAGUUUUAACCCUGCAGCUGAAAACAUAUCAGUUUCAGAGAAACUAUGUUUACAUAGCAGGGUUAAUCCACCCUCUAGUGGCUGUCUCCCUGACAGCCACUAGAGAUUGCUUCCGCGAUUUUCCGAGUGAAAAUCGCAUUGAACUCACGUUGGACGUCCAUAGGAAAGCAUUUAAUAAUACUUUCCUGUAGGCGGUUUGAAUGUGCGCGCCUCUGAUGUCGGCAGAGGGAGGAGAGGUCACCAGCGCCGGGCUCCUUCCCUCCCUUGGAAUUUGCAUGUUUAUUAUUAACUAUUCACAGUUUAACUAUUAAACAUUUUGUGGAUUACUACCUGCUUGCUACAAAAAAAUAAUACAUAAGGUUAUUAAAGGGACAUCAGCACUGGAUUAAGGUAAGUGGCUGAAGGGGUUUUAACUCCUUUAGCCCAGCAGGAGGGGGGUCCCGGCAGGACACACCUAAUAACCCUAUAGUGCCAGGAAAACGGGUUUGUUUUCUUGGCACUAUAGGAUCCCUUUAAGGAAAAGUAGUCCCUACUUUUCCUUAUAUAAUCUAUGAAAACUAGAGUCAUCAGGAAAACAAAUAGAGAUUUAGACGCAGGAAGAUAUAUAGAAGCAGAUUAAGUAAAUUUUUGGUGAAUUAGUUGCUUUAGUCCAAAAGUGGAAUUUCUGCAUUGACUUUUUAAAUCUGGCGCUGCAGGACCCCUAGUAUUACUAACUAAGUUUGUACUCAAAAGUCAGGCACCUCACUUUAUGGUACCUCUGCCUUCAGAAACCCACAUUACUUUCGACUUCUACUUGAUGGCGUUCAGCCUAAUGGCACCAUAGCCCCUACAUCGCCGUGUAGAGCUUAUGGUGCUUAAAUUUCCCCUUUAAAGAGGAUCUUUUUGUGUUAUAUAUUUACUAAAAUCAUAAAACAUUUUAAAUUUAAUUUUCAGAGGUUCCUAAAACUAAGUUUGACAUUAUUUGACUAUAUCACCAACUUGAACAAAAUAUUGGCACUGUCUGGUAUCCAAAUGAGUUAUGGGGUGUGGGGGGAGUUGGGGGAGUAGAUAACUUUGGAAAAGUAAAAAAAAAAAAAACAUUCAGAACACUGCAAUUAAUGGAUCUUUGCAUAUAGCCACUUCAAAUACAGUUUCACAUUAUUCUUCCCCCAUUGUUUAUUCUCUUUACAGUCCACCCGGAUUGGAAUGUCUGUGAACGCCAUCCGCAAACAGAGCUGUGAGGAAGAAGUGACUUCUCUAGCAAAGGCUCUUAUAAAAUCCUGGAAAAAGCUAUUGGGUAUGUGAAGGGAGAGAUAAUUAAACAUGCAGUGGUUAAAUUGUGUAGAACUAAAUAAUCACUUUACCAUAACUUAAAUAUAUUUUAUUCUUUAUUGUUUUGAUACAGACCACAGUAGCACAUGUAUCAGACACUUGCAAUCUACUGGUGGUAGUCUGUUUCCAAAGUACUCUUAAUUUUAAUAGGGAUCUAAUCUAAAAUUAGGGGUUUAAUGGACCAUUAAUGUCACAUAGACUACUUCAUUAAAACAUGGUCAUUUGAUGCUUCAGCUCCUACUAUAGAGUUAGGAAUACAGUCUUGCCUCAGUUUUAAUUGGCAUACAAGAUUGCACUUCAAACGGUUCAUGGUGAAAGUGCACUGUGGCGUCUUAUAAGUAUUUUUUAUUCCAACAGCUGUUUUAAAACCUGUAAGAACAAAUACCUUUUUAUUAAUUUGAUUUCCUAUCUCUAGAUGGCCCCUCUGGUGAUAAAGAACAAGAGGAAAAGAAAAAAGAGCCUGCCCUUCAACCUCAGAGCAGUCCAGAAGUGAAAGAAGAGAGGUAUGUUAUGGGUUCUUGGUGCUGUAAUUAGAAAAUUAAAUGUCCAGCAUAGCUGUUUGAGCGUAAAGUUUGGAAUUCGCUUGUUUAUUCACAGUUUAACUAUUAAACAUUUGUGGAUUACUACCUGCUUGGUACAAAAAAAUAAUACAGAGGAUUAUUAAAGGGACAUCGGCACUGGAUUAAGGUAAGUGGCUGAAGGGGUUUUAACCUGUACCUAUUAAACCUAUAGUGCCAGGAAAUCGGCUUUGUUUUCCUCACACUAUAGGAUUCCUCAAAUGUUAAAGAAAUCUCAGGUUCUAUAUUUGAACCUAACACCACAUACAUUUAUGUAGCCAUUUAUACUCCAUUCAGUUCUUUGUGAGCUUAAAAAGAAACAUGACUUGCAGACGUGCUUUAAGGGUUAACAGGGGGUUUUCUUCUUUCUUUAUGAAAGUGCCGAUUUCUUGAGAAUCUGCACUUUUCUAAAGCUCUUAGGUUUUACUCUCCUGGCUGUUAAUCAGACUAUUUCUGACAUGCUUUGAGUAUUCAAUGAGAGUUAUGAGAGUAUUGCUUUACGUGGGCCCUGCUCAUCUAUGUGAAACAUUGAUUUGUGAGUAUCUCCUGGAGGGGAAGCAAAGCUGCAGCAAGGGAUUCCUCUCAUGACUCAAAUGGAGGAAACCUUAAAUAUAUUAUUUAUUUUAGGAGAGGGGGAUACAAUGCACUUUACAACACUCCAGCAUUAUCAAUGUAUUUAUUUAUAAUGCUGGAAUGUCCCUUUUAAACAGUCUGACUUUUUGAAAGCUCGCUGUUCGGCACAGUGCACAAUUUUGAAAUGUUCUGUGCAUGUGUAUAAAUCACUCCCUGGUAAACUUCAGUUACAUGAGAAUUACAUUUUGUUCUCUGGUUCCUUAUUUACUAAUGCUUUAAUUUAAUGGAUUCGUAAACACAAGUAGACUCCAGAAAAACAAAUCGUGACGUUAAAAUAAGACUGCAUCAAAAAAAAGCAACAAACACACAUUGGAAAACGCUCACCCAGUCACAAGCAGGGGAGUCCUAGAGCGGCGGAGGUUAAUCCCAAUACUACAGAUUAGGCAUAAGGGUGCAUUCGCCUGCUGACACUGUUCCAACAUGUAGGCAUGUCUGUAAUUUGUUAAUCCGCGAAAAUGUUUCGUCUAUUUAAAAAAUGAUCACACUGCAAACUUAACCUAAAGUAAUUGAAGCAAAAAGGAAAAUCAUAUUUCCAGUGCAGCCGCCUAACCCGUUCCCUGCUACAUGGCACUUAAUCUUGGGCAUAAAAUGCGAACAUACUGCUGGGAUAUUUAAACACUCAACCUAACGGUUAGUUAAUUGUAAUUGUUGUUCUGGUGACUAUAGUGUCCCUUUAAUAUAAGCAUAAUAAUGAAUUAAAGAUAAUCAGCAGAAAAAAGAAAGACUGGCCUGGGAAAAUGCGCAAUUGAAAACUAAUAACAUUGAAGUAAAACAUUGCCUAAAUGGUGACUUCAAUGUAGCAAUCAAAAACUGGCUACAUAUUGUUACAAUUAACCACAUACAUGAAUCAAAUCUUAUAAAGAAACUUUGUAUGGUUUGUAACUUAAAUGUUACAAAUCACUGUGUGAAGUUCAAGAACAUGUCAAUAAAUAAAAAAUAGGAUUCCGAUCUAGUUAAAUAUAAUUUAUGUUCUAUUGGUUUUAUUUUUUUAAUCAAGAAAGCUGUUUUUCGUGAAGUGCCUAAAAUGCCUUCCUUAGUAUCCAUUGAAAAUUUAAAAGCCUAAUUUGUAGAAAUAAAGAGUUCAUCAAUAGCGAUACCUAAAAAUUGUCAAUAGACCUCCCCGUAGGAAAGCAUUAUUCAAUGCUUUUCUAUGGGGAUUACGGCGGGGCUGGAGGUCCUCAUGCAGAACGUGAGGAUGUCCAGUGUUGUUUAAAACACUUUUUGUGUUUUUAAGAACCCGGACCUCCCUCUAGUGGCUGUCUGAUAGACAGCCACUAGAAGAGGACUUAACCCUGCAAGGUAAUUAUUGCAGUUUAUAAAAACUUGCAGGGUUAAGGGUGAUGGAAGUUGGUCUGGGUGCCUGGAGUGUCCCUUUAAGUAAAACUGGAACAUACUUUUUGAAAUAAAAUAACUUAUUUGCCUCAGGUGUUUUAUCUUUCAGGAGGGUUGAUCUAUCUGUAUCAAAGCACGUUGAAAAGUUUUAUCUAAAGCAGAUUUGAAAUAACCUCUAUCCUUAAAUGUUUGCCUGAAUGAUGCAAUUUAAUAAUUUCCGACAGUCGCAAAAAGUGUCCUAUUGGGAUGUUCUUAGUCUGGUGAUGUGGAUGGCUAGAUGUAACUAGCAAUAAAUUGUUGCCAGAGCACUGUUUCCGAAACAGUGUGGUUUGAAUAGUUAUCACCACGUGUACUGUGCAAUAAGUCUAAAAAAAGGGAACUUCAACCUGAUCAAAACUAGAUGUGAAUUUUAAAUAGUAUCCACUGAAUUGAUGUGGAUGGACAAUAGAUCCACCCCAAAUUAUCAAGAGUUCCUCAAUAUGACACUUCUAUAAAAUUAUAUCCGAGUUAUGGGUGAAAGUGCCUCUAAAGAUGCUGGACCAUUCCCACCACCUCAGAGAUGGCUUUUUGUUUUUUAACACUUAUUUGGUGUUUUUUAUGCUAUUUUAAAAUCGAAUUUUUCACUUUAUUAGCUGUAGGCUAAGAAUCUUUUUUGGGGAUUCAAUUAUUUAUUAAUGCCUAUAUUCUUAUGUCAGCAGUUCCAGUAGUAACUCAGGCAUCCGGAAAGAAGAAUGUCCACCCCCCUCUGAUGGAUUUAUUACCUCAUUUCCACGAGCACCAAGCACUUCCGAUUCAGUACGGAUAAAAUGUAGGGAGCUAUUGGCUACAGCUCUCAAAACAGGAGGUAUGACAAUGAAAAGUAUAAACAGGUGUUUAUAUUAGUCACCUUUCUUUUAUCCUUAAUGCAGAAUGUCAAAAAACAUUUUAUAUGUUUCGUUUUUCUUCUGUCAAUAGAUGUUUUUAUACUUGAACAUUAAGCUUUAGCGUAAUUAAGUGGUUUUGGUGUAUAAAUCAUGCCCCUGCAGUCUCAUUGUUUGAUUCUCAACCAUUUAUGGGUUUACAGAAAAAAAAUCUCUGUAAAACUCACUCCACUAAAAUCCAGUGCCAAUGAACUUGCCUGCUAGGUAUAGAUCUCUUUUCUGUCCCCCUGGUCAUCAGAGCUGAUAGUCAGCAUUUUUUUUCCACCCCUGCACCAUAUUAUUUGUACUCAAGGCACCAAUUGUUAGAUCAUUUCAGAGAUGCUAAAUCUACCAUGACCCACACCGGUAAUCCUGUUUACAAUUGUUAAUAACCCUAUAAUGGUGCACUGUGUUCUGACCUCCUAUUGUGUUUUCUUCUUUAUCUUAGAUGACUACAUUACUAUUGGUGCAGAUGAUCAGGAGUUGGGGGCUCAGAUCGAGGAAGAUAUCCUUUUUUUCUUCCUUCCUUCCUUUUUUCUUUCUUUUUUUUCCUCAUUGAUGUUUCAAUUAAGAAAGUGACCCCAAACCUGUAUAACACUCAUACCAGUGAUGGCCAAAGGUUUUUUUUAUUAGAUUCUAAUGCACAUCCAUAAACAUUUUAAAUAAAGCUGAAUUAGUCUAUUGUUGUAGUACUGGUAGUGUUAUUGAUAUUUGUAACUGAAAGCUACUUGGCUAUGCACUGCAUGUACAGCAAUGACAAAUAAUGUCAUCGCUGUAUGUUCAUGCAGCAAACAGACAAAAGAGUGAUUUUGGGUUAGACAGCUGAUGAUUUCCAUUCAAGACCACUCAGAAUUGCUGCCCAUAUUGUGUGAAGAGGUGAAGGUAGCAGAUGCAGUAUCUGCUUAAGUUUUAGUAGACAUAUUUUUUAUAAAAUACUAGAAAGAAAGCUGACAUUUUUGAUACAAUAUUUAAGAAUACUGUUGUGGGCAGCAGUAGGUGCUGUUAACAAGAUGAUAUUUAAACCUUUCCACAUUGCAUACACUCUUGUACGAAGCCUCUUAUUUCACCCCGCACAUUAAUGUGGACCUGUACUUGGUGAAUUGCAUUAGUCACCUGAAACGGCUAGAUUCACUUCUGCCAUUCAUAUUCUCUACGUAAGCGUAGCUUCCAUAUGCAACAUUACAAGCAAUAAUUACAUGUGUCAGAGGGUCAUGGUAUUUCAUGUAGUUAAUAUAACACUGGAAAACCUACAGUAUGCCUACACUCCUGCUAGACCUUUUGUGCUACUAUUCUGAAUUUACUUUCCUGAGGUUAGCAUGUUUCCUUAAGUCCUCUGCACCAGUGUUCCAAGAGUUUAAAAACACAGACGCAAAAUACAAAAACAGAGUGCGAAGCAGAAUUGCAAACCUCAAAGAUGCAAAGAACCCAAAUCUGAGAAGAAAUGUGCUAUGUGGCAACAUAGCUCCUGAUGUAUUUGCUAGAAUGUCUGCAGAGGUACGUGUUUAUUAUAAUUUUUUUUUCUGUACAGUUGCUCCAACUCUUUUGCAUGUAAAAGGAGUCAACAAAAUGCUUCCUACUCAGUAAUCGUUUGUUAAAACGUAUCUGAAAUCAUGUCACUUUGAUCCCACAGCAGCUGGAGCACACUGUACUGUCUUCUCCCCAGAGGCCAUAGCCUGCCCUCAAAUUCUCAGUAGGGACUUGAUGUAAAUGUUCCAAUGACGUCAGAUGCAUUAAUUGCAGACUGCUAUAAACAUUCAGCCUUUCUGACCACUUUGUCUGCAUAGACUGUAUUUUAAAGUCUUUUUAAAUUGAAUCCAGUGACAUUGACUGUACGUUCUUCUGUAGUAGCCUUCUAAUUUUCACUGAUAAAUCUAGAGUAAUAGGUAACAAGGAGGCUCUCCAUCAAGGAGUCGAAAUAGCAGUAAUGGAAUGCCCACUCAAGGUUCUCCCUAGUAUAAAGAAAGUAUAAAUCUAGAACAGCUACCUUCUAGGCUUCAGUCAAAAGUUGGCAAUGUUUAAAUGAAUUAAUGAAAUUAAUAAAAAUAGGAAUGGCAAAAUUUAAGACCGCCCAGUUGGAGUUCUGGAUUUAUUAUUGUUUAUUUUUUAUUAUUUCUAAUCUGUAAGGGUUACAGUUGUUAGCAUGCUUGUAAAGACUAACUUGAAAGUAUAUAUUGCUUUAACUUUUACUCAAUUCUUGCACUUGACAAUUUUAUCUCACCGACUGUAGACAUAACUUGAUACAUUUAAGGAUGGAGGCUUUUUUUCUCUUUGUUCUUGUAUGAUUUGUGAGGAAACUGCAUCUCUAAUAAGAUAUUUAGAUUUGAUAUUUUUGCUUACACAAUCUCUAGGAAAUGGCAAGUGAUGAAUUAAAAGAAAUGCGCAAAAACUUGACCAAGGAAGCAAUCCGAGAGCAUCAAAUGGCACGGACUGGAGGCACAGAGACUGAUCUGUUUAGUUGUGGCAAAUGCAAGAAGAAGAAUUGUACUUACACACAGGCAAGUGCACCAUUGUAGUCAGCACCUGCCAAUUGCAGCUGCAUAAAAUUAAAAUGAUCUCAACUUGAGUUGCAUAUUUGGAUGUGAAUCUGGCAUAACCUCUCCCAAUGUGGCAUAUAAACACACUUGACACUAUCUAUGUUUUGCAUUAAUUUUGGUCCUACAAAUCUCUGCUUAUUUAUAUGGUUAUGGUAUAGGGAAGUUGGAGUAAGUUUUAGAAUGCUCAAAAGGGGAAUUUUAUUCACUCGUCCGAAGUUGAAUUUCAAGUUUAAGACCAACAUAGCUAACUUUUUUCCAGUUCAGCCAUUUUCACCUUAAAUUGAAAUUCACUUUUUAAUUCACACCUUAGUGAAUAACCCUGUCGGUUUCUUCAAAGUAGGUAGUUUUCCUUGUAUCGCUUUAAUUUUUCUUGAAUCAGAUAUUUCAUUGAUAAUAUAUUUGUGCAAAAUUUUGAAUUCUAGCAAUUGUUAAAAAUAAACAUUUUAUAUCUUUGAAUCUCAGGUUCAGACACGCAGUGCUGAUGAACCUAUGACGACGUUUGUUUUCUGUAAUGAAUGUGGAAACCGGUGGAAGGUAAGAAUUUUUAUUGCAUACUUACAAUGUUAUUAAAUUAAAUACUCAAUCAACCAACUUAGAAAUAUCACCAGUGGAGAAUGAAAUAAAAAGGCACAAUUACCCUUUUAAAUUCAAAGGAUUUAAGAGAGUAAUAUAUUCCUCCAAAUCUUUAAGACUGAAUAAAAGUUGGGAGUGGGAAAUAUAUAUGAUUGCACUCGCAGAAUAUAAAAGGGAGUAGGCAUAUCUACCAACCAUGGGUACAAUCAGUAUUUCCAGGUUUUUUUUCUGAGAAGAUUUUUCUAAUUGUGCAUGCACAGAAAAAGAAUGGUGAAACCUAGUAUGUACCCUUUUAUAAACAAGAAACCUUUAAUAAAAUUGCACUUAAAAGAAUAAACGACUAUCACCAAUAACUGGUAUCUUCAAUGGGAGCAGGUGUCCAUCAGGAAAUAGCCCUAUGCAUUUCAGUCUGCACAUGCCUAGCCUUGGGGGCAACAGAUUCAAUGUAGUGAGAGUACAAGCGAUGCAAAAUCACACCCUAACCAACUUUUUUUUUUUUUAAAUAUCCUAAAAGUCCUUUCAAUAAGAGAUUCAUCUUGUGCAUGCCAGCAUGGGCCUGCUUUUAUUCGCUUCCACUUUUGUUUUCAUGCCUUUUGGUACGUUGAACUACAGAAGAUGCUGUUUCUAUGGUUCCACCUUCAAACUCAGGCAGCACAGUAGUACAAUAUAUAAACAUAAAAAGUGAGCAGAUAGAGUGAAAAGGCAGAAUGGAAAAAGGAGAGAGAUUGGAUUCACAGCAACAUAAUCAUGAAAAACAAUAAGAAUGAACAAAUGACAAUAAAAUAGAAAAGGUUUUUGUUUUUUUGUUUUUUUCAAAAGGAAGAAUUAAAAAUUUCAAUUGAUAGUGAAAAAUAUAAAAAUGAAUAAAAGAAUAUAAUUUAAUAUUCUUUGAUAUAAAUUAGAAAUAGAAAAUAAAGCCAUGACCAAAAUUGUUUAAUUAAAUAUAUAUUUAUAUUUUGGAGGUGGUGGGGGGGGAUAGUUUUUAUUAAGCAAUUAAAUAGUGGUUUACCUGAGUGCUAUAUUCUAAUAGGGGGUUAUCAAUAUGCAAAUACAUUUGAACUAGUUUGGUGCAGGGGGCAGGAUCUUGGAAAUAGAUGGAUGAUACAAUACACCUGUCAUCCAUCUUGCAUCUAUCACACCUUUGUGAAUCAAUGUCGAGACCAAUUUAUGGAUAUCUCUCCGAGCAUCUCUACCACUUUUCCAUCUUACCUGUUUUAGUCUCUUUGGUCUUUCUGUCUUCUUUUUUCAUUUACCCUCCCUCCCUGUGUCUCUAGUUCUGUCUUAGUCUUUAGAAGACCUUUAUUAGUUAAAAUAAACAUGAGAUGCGAGAGACCCAAAAAGAGAGAAGUUCAGAUGCACACUUUGAAGAAUCCAAGAGAUAAAAAAUAGGCCCAUCAGAGAUAAAAUGGAACAAAAAAUAGACUGAUGAGAUGGAACAGUCUUUUUUUUUUUUUGUGAUUAAUUUGCCCUCCUCCCUUAGGUUAUCGAUCUCUCCAUCAUGUGUCAGUUUUCCUAUAUUUUCUUGAAAUCUGUCUCCCAAUUUUUGUUGCAUCUAAUAUGAGAUGCAACAAAAUUGUGAGUUGUCUUUUUCCCUUUUUUUUUAAUAUUUAACAGUAUAUUUACAGGUUUUCCUAUUUUAUUGUACUUUCUUGAGAUCCAUGUAUUUUAUCACAUUAUUGCAUACAUUAAGCCCCUCUUUCCUACCUUUUGUUCCUCUCAUCCCUUUUCUCAGUUUAACCUCUGUCAGUGUGUCUGCCUUUCCAUUUUUCCUAUUCUCUCUUUUAUUGUAUCAUUGUCAGCUCCCUUUUUUUCUUGGUAUCUCCAUACCCAGCACUAUACCGAUCUUUCUCUUGGCUCCCCUGUGUCUAUCUGAUACCCUCUUCAGUCGCUCUGAUGCCCAAUUUGUUUCCAAUUAUUUCUUUUUAUGCAUUUGUUUCAGUCCUCCACUCAUUUAUGAGUCCCCCACCAUCUGGUGAUGUCACAACUGCCCCUCACCUUUGUCUUUGUUUUUAAUAGUGUUUCUUACUUUACAUCAGUCCCAUUGCACUUGCCAUAUUCUCUUGCUUUGUUGGUGCCCAACCCGAGGAAACCUGGAUGGAUAAUUUAUUGUUGCCCCUGCUACUUUGCACUCUAGAAGGGCCUUGUGAGAUCACAUUUAUAUUCCAGCUUGAGGCAAAUCUGAACAUCAUGAGGGUGUGGACACUUGGGUAACCGGGUGGAUUUAAUGUUCAGUUUUCACACUUUUUAAGCCUCAGGAGAUUUGGGAAUUGUAGUUCCCAGAUCUCAUUGCUAUGUACACAGUGUACAGAUAGAUCAUGUUUGUUUUUCUUAUCUAAAUAAAAAUUUUCAAGCGACAGAAUAUUAAACUGCCUUUGUAAAUAAUGUAUCUGAUAUACCUCCGCGCAAUCAUUUGAGACUGCAAAUCUUCUGUGGCUUGAACUCUGCCAUACAGGGUUUCAUAUCCUUAAAACCUCUCAGACUCUGCCCAGCUGCAUCACAAACUAUUAAAACCGCCCUAUUUAGAUAACUUUAAGUUGUUGUUGCUGUUGUAGACCUUCAACUCCCAUGAUGGAUGGACUGUGAGUUAAUUAUCUUAUGGUAACUGUAGUUGCAUAGCAGCUGGAGUGCUGUGGUUUAUGCAACCGUUAUCUUAUUCUUUAGAAGUCCUAUCUCAUCAUUGUAGUUGAUGUUAAGGGGUCUCUCUAUUCAAUAAAAAACAAACAGCCACUGAAUGCUGUUCUAUUGUUGAGCCAAAUUAUAUCAAGCCAAACUUAUAUUGUAAGUAUUUUGUGAAUAGGCCCUGAAGUGUGCGAUCAAUGUGCUUGUAGAAGUUCUUACAAUGUGUAUCCUCUAGUUUUAAUAGAUGCAUUUUCAUGUAUAUUUUUUCUUUUUCUGUUUUUCAGUUUUGCUGAAAGGAUACUGUUGCAACCUCUUUCGUGACCUGGAAGAGACUUUUUUUGUAAUUUGGUAAAUCAAGUAGUUUUCUGAAAAGAGAAUUUUUUAAAACAUGGAUUCAAACCACAUGGAUAUUUUUGGGGUUUUAUGUCACAAUCACUAGUAAAUAAAUAAAUCUUCCUUUUCCCAAAAGGAAGAGAGAGCCCCAAUUUUUAUGGUGCGUGCAGAUGGGUUUAAUUUUUAUAACUGUCACCAUUAAACUUUUACCAAUAAUGCUAUGGCAAAUGUUUUUUUUUUUUUUUUUUCCUUGAGUGUACUAAACAAAUGUUGUUAUUCCUGAAAUAAAAUAGAAAGGUGUUUUUGCACCAAGGGAUAUACCGCUGCAUUGUAAUGAUAUUUGAAUUCUGGGAAGUGUCUGUAAAUUAAUGGAAGAUGAUUAUUGCUGUUAAUAAUUUUGCAGCUGGUAAUUUCCUCUACCCUCCCAAAUAUUGCAUCAAGCAGCUUAUCAUUCCAGCUAAAUUUAAAUUCUUACCCCCUUAAUUCUACAUUGUCCUAUUUAACUGGAAUAUAUUCUUGCUUGAAGCAGAUGUCAUUUUCAUUUUCCCUUAUAACAAACAUACUAAGGAAGUAUACUCCAGUUUUUAAAUCCAGUUUAAGAAUAUUAUGUAAACUCGUGAUUUUUUUUUUUUUUGUAUGCCGCUCCUCCUCAUCAAUACUUUUCAGCAAGUGUUAUGACCAUUUUUACUUUAUAGUUUCUCAAAAGAUGUACAUGAAAUGUUUUUAUAUUUUAUUUAAAUAACGGUCUUGAUAAAAUGUGCAAGACACUUACAAAAGCAUGCAAGACAGUGAAAAGAAAUGCUACUUAUGUUGGAACUGCAAACCAAAGAAUGUGAGAGUGUACCCUUGGCCAUGCUGGUGGGGCCAAGUGCUUUUUAAAUCCCAUAACAGGGCAUGCAAAUUGUCUGUGGGUGUACUGGCCAUCUAUGAUUCUCUGCAGUACUUUGCUCCAUGGUUAGUAAUUCCCAAAAUGGUAGCCUAUUCAUAUACCCAUGCUACGCAGUCUUCAGGUUCCAUGGCAAUACACAACUUUGCCUAUAUCUGAUCGAUUUAAGUGUAACUUGUAAACCUGUUAGGAACCACUCAUAAAAUGACCCAUUCCAAACUGAGAACAAGUAUGUUUUGUUUUUGUUUUGUUCCCUAGUUUUUUUGUCUUUACUUUUUUUUUUUGUUAAUUUGGUGUUUCAUAUGCUCUAAAUGUAACUUUAUUAAAAUGAUCACAAAGACCUCUGCAGUUUGCACAUUGUUCUGCUUUUAUUAUCACUUGUCUAUAUACUUUAUCACUUCCUGCUUUUAUUAAGUUUGUGGUUUGCAAAUCCUUAUGUCCUUUAUGUCUCACAGAUGUAUUUUUAAAGGGUUACUCCAACCAAAAAAAAAAGUGUUUUAAGAAAACCUACUAGUUUUUAUUAGAGUAACACUUCCUACCUUCCCAUCCUCCCCCCUUUCCCUGGGCCCAGUCCUCCUCCUGCUGAUGUCACUCCCAUUAGUUGCUGUUGGAGUAACAUUGGGGUAUGAUAGAUGUAGGAAGGACAUGGGUUG